AUGGCUUACGGUAUCAUCUUCAAACGAUUCUUAUUGUUCGCAUUAAUGAUAAUGCAGAGCUUUUUCUUGGCUGCCUUUCCAGCAACGUACCAAGAUAACUCCGAUUGGUACGCAACCUUUAUCCUUUUUCUUCCUUCUGUAGUGGGUUUGUUUUGGUGGACAAACGCGGAGGAAAACCUGUCUGGCGAAGACUUCUACUUCAUGUUGAUAUUCUGGACCUUAUACAUCUGGCUCGGCAUAGUACCCAUGACUGCGGUUGAGUUUGGCCUCAUCGGUAACAAAAUAGAAUUUAAAGGAUUCUGGAAUCCUAGUACUUUAAGAAUGACACUCUGCAUCACUCCAUUUCUUUGGCUGCUUGUAUGUCAGACAGCAAAAAUUCCUUUAUCGCUUCGGUUUGACUCCCCGCUCGGCAUAACUCGGUAUUCAGUCAUGGGUAUGGUUCACUUGUAUGAUGCAAUUGAACUACUUGGAGGUGUUGUAAGCGAAAGCGAAUACGGCGCAUAUAGAAUUUCAGCGGAUUUAAAGAACAGCGUUAUUGCUUUUGCAUGUAUAAAGAACCUGUGGUUGCCAUUUGUCAUGAAGGUAGAACUCCACGGUGAAUGCGAACGCCGUGACUAUUUCUGUUGGUUAGCGUAUUAUAUCGUAGAACUGGUUUUUGAAACUGUAUUUCUGGGACUUCGAUUAAGCUUGUGUUUGGGCUACGAGAUAACUGCGUCGAUUUUCAUCAACAAAAAUAUCGCAAUGAUCAUUGUUCACAUGCGUGAAAUAUAUAAUUUCUGGUACGGCAAUGAAGAAGUCUCAUCGGCGCCCCAGAGUUCAAACACGUUGGAUCAAGGCGGAGCGGUUUCUGGUUUGGUUUUUCACAGUUCGACUGUAGCUCCGGCUCCGGCUACGGCUCCGGCUACGGCUCCGGCUCCUGGAGACGCUCCGCCACCUUACACACCCUGGUUACACGGCCAGUUUAUGGGACAAUGCCCUUAUUGA